AUGGGUAGCAACCCAAAUAGACCAAAUUCAUAUUCUAAUAUGAACGAAAAUCAGUUGAAUCGACCAAAGACUCGCUAUUAUGUUCAGAGUCAAAAUAUGAAUGCCCUUGCGGCACAAUCUUCGCCUACUAGACGCUAUGUGGAUAAUGGUAUGAAUAACAUAAGGCAAAACUAUCAAAAUUUUCUCAACAGUGCAAACUAUCCUCUGCAGAAUGUGUCACAGGUGUCUGUACCAAAUUUACAAAUGAAACAAGUUCCAGUUACGGCAACAAUUCACAAUCCAAACUAUCCACAGUAUGGCUUAGUAGGUAACAGCGUAAUGCAAGGCCAAAUUUUAUCGCAUAAUCCUAUUUUACCUACCAACAGGCAACCUAUGGUUCAGAAUCAACAGGGUAGUGCUAUGUUUAGACCAACAACCGCUGCGGAAAAACAUAUAUCUUAUCCUCAACCAAACAUCUCCCAGAAUAAUAUUCAACCAGGACUGGCAACACUUUCUCCUAAACCACGGAUAAUAUUAGCACAAGGGAAUAAUCCGUACAAUCUGGAAAUGACGGGAAGAACAAACGUCACCAAUCAAAUCCAAUACACUCAACAAGCUAACCUUCAAGCUGCUAUGAAUAAUCAAAUGAUUAUGAAUUUUAACAAAGUGUCUAACCAACCGUUUGGAAAUCAGGGACUUCCAUUGCAAAGUCUUAUGUCACAAAAUCCUAGAAAUUCAGGAAGUAUCCCUGUUAUGCGUGCAAAUUUUCCAAACAACAUGCGAACAGAUAUGUAUAAAAUACCACAUCCAAAGGCAAACUACAACAUGCAAUAUGAAGUGGCUAGUCAAAUAAUGCAGCGACCAAAAAUGGGAAAUAUGAGGAUGGAAUCUAAGACAGUGAAUAUACCUACAACAACUUCCAAAAUAAAGGACGAGGAACUCUUGCAAUUUACGGCUUUGGAAGCAAAAAGAAAGGCAAAUGAUAUGGUAUCGCAAUCUGUUCUUAAUGAUGCAGAAAGUGUUAGUGAUGACAAAAUACAAUCUGUUUCAAACGAAGUAUUGGUAGAAAGUCAAUCGUCUAUAAAUAUUCAAAUAGACUUACCUAAUCCUCUUGAUUUUUUUGCAUGCAUACAGAUCAACAAGCGUUGUAAGAUACCAGACGAACAUAAACUUGUAUCAUUUGAAUAUAGGAUUCCUAUUGAACACUAUUCGCUUGUCCUGAAACGCUUAAGGUCUCUUUAUGUGUCAACCAUUGAAUAUCCUGUAUAUGUUGAAACUGAUCCCACCGAUUUAUCACUUCCAACAGACGGAACAGAGUACUCAACUCCAAGUGAAACAAAUAUCGCUGAAAAUAAAAGUACAACCUAUCAAGAUAAAAAUAGUGAAGAAGUGAAGCAAACAGAUGGUUUAGAAGUAAAGUGUGAAGAGGAAAAAAAAUGUAAUUUUAUUGCAAACAAAAUCCGGUUGGAACAUGAAAAGACGAUUUUACCAAUACCUAUAAGAAAUUAUGAAAAUAUUUCUCAUGAAGAGUUGGAAAAACUCUUAAACAUUUUAAAUACAAGUGAUUGUAAAAUAUUAAAAGAACAUAAACUCACAAAAUAUAGAGUACGUACCUUUAUACAUACCGAUGGUACAACACAGAAUCAGUUUAUUUUAUGCAGUAAUAUCACCAAUGAAGGAACAGUUUUAAACACAGUACUGCAUCAAUUUGGUACUUUCAGUAUUAACAAUACAAAUAAAUUCAAAACACCCUUAUUUUCUAUAAUCCACAGUGGCCACGCAAAUCCUGCAUUUUUACUGGAACGUGGGACUAAUCAAAUCAAGAAAAUCAGUAAAACUGUACUGCAGCAUUAUCAGACUUCUAGAUCUUUUGAUUUGUAUUGUAUAAAGAAUGAUAUUCAUUUUAGCGUUCAACUCUCAAGGUAUAGUUACGGUAUAAACCUUCAAAGUCCCACAUUUUCUAAAUUUACUAUAAUGUGCCCUGCAAAUCAAUUACCAACACUCUUGGGUGUCCUUAACUCAUAA